GCUCUGUGGCUCCGGGGCGGCGGAGGCUACGGGGCGGCGGACGCUGGACCCCGGACAGCCGCGAGCGCCGCCCGGCCGGUUGGACGUGAGCCUGCAGCAAGGCUCCCGGACAGUGCGAGAUUCUGCCCUGGCUCCUGUCACGGUCCUAGCGUUCUCUGUGACGUUCCUUCCGCAAACGCCCAUCCGGCUCCUGCUUCCGCGGCGGGCUUGAGUUCUUGAACGGGGCUGGCGGCACAAGCUGGUAACCAGGUGCUGGGUGUGCGUAAGUCUCAGGGAAGGCCCGGGGUGCAGCGGAUCUCCUGUCCCCUCGGCGGCCGCCCGACACCAGCAUCCCGCCUGGGCCCGUCUGUGGAAGUGUCGCCGGGGAGCGUGCCAACCGGCAGGGGGCCGACAUGUCCAACCCCUUCCUGAAGCAAGUGUUCAACAAGGACAAGACCUUCCGCCCCAAGCGCAAGUUCGAGCCGGGCACCCAGCGCUUCGAGCUGCACAAGAAGGCACAAGCGUCGCUGAACGCGGGGCUGGACCUGAAGCUGGCCGUGCAGCUGCCCCCCGGCGAGGAGCUCAGCGACUGGGUGGCCGUGCACGUGGUGGAUUUCUUCAACCGCAUCAACCUCAUCUACGGCACCAUCAGCGACGGGUGCACGGAGCAGUCAUGCCCGGUCAUGUCGGGCGGCCCCAAGUACGAGUACCGCUGGCAGGAUGAGCACCAGUUCCGCAAGCCCACGGCGCUGUCGGCCCCCCGCUACAUGGACCUGCUCAUGGACUGGGUCGAGGUGCAGAUCAACGACGAGGGGCUCUUCCCCACCCACGUCGGCACGCCGUUUCCCAAGAACUUCCUGCAGGUGGUGAAGAAGAUCCUGUCGCGGCUGUUCCGCGUGUUCGUGCACGUCUACAUCCACCACUUCGACCGCAUCGCGCAGCUGGGCUCCGAGGCGCACGUCAACACGUGCUACAAGCACUUCUACUACUUCGUGCGCGAGUUCGGCCUCAUCGACACCAAGGAGCUGGAGCCGCUGAAAGAAAUGACCGCGCGGAUGUGCCACUGAGCCCCUGGGCCCUGCAGUCACCGAGGCGGUGCCAGGGACGCUCGCUCUUACGGCCACGUCUCCAGACCACGGACUUGUGCUUUGUAGAAAGCGCACCCAGUGAGCGAGCUUGGUCCCGGGGCGGCUGCACGGACCGUGGGGGUGGGGUCCUCCGCCAUCCUGGUGGGCAGCCGCCGUGGGUCUCCACGUGGCCACCUGAGCCCGUCUCCUUGGCAGGCAUCAAACUCGAACUCCGUGGCUCUGCGUGUUGAGCACCGGGAAAACCCACGGGUGAACCCCUAGCACUUGCCCUGGUGGCCCGUGUCUGCUUCACGACUCGCACGACGGGGACCCCACCCCUGCUCCCCAGCCGGGCCGCCUCGUGGAUCGUCAAUGACGGGAUUCCUCUCCCUGUUAGAGAGACGGCCCCGCUCUCUUACGAAUAACACGGGACGGAUCUUCCGUGUCCCGAGCUGGAACCUGUUGAAUUUUGCCAAACGUGUGGCUGGGGUGAGCCCUUCUGCAGCGCGUACCGGCUCUGUGCGGAAACCCUGCAUCUGCGUGGCCCCGUGCGGCCCCGGGACCCGAAUCCCAGCUCCGGCUGCCGUGGACAUCAGGGGCCCCAUCUGGGCCAUGCCGAAGCGACCGCAGGAGCGCCAUCCUGUCUGUGCCUCCAACCCCCGACCCCGCGCGGCGGCCUCAGUGGCCUUUUCCGUGGCAGCCCUCCCAGCGUGGACCGCACCGACUCCGAGUACCUCUGGGCGUCUGGGGCGCUCGCAGGAGCAAGGCCAUCCCCCAGCGCCAGCAAGUGCAAUUAACGCGGCCUCGGCCCGGGGUCCGGCUCAAGGAGGCCCUUUCCCUGGAACGGAGCUCCCUCUGGACGCCAGACCUCGGCCAGCACCGAAACCACUGUGUCCCCAGGGCUGCGGGCGUCCCCGCGCCUGCC